AUGGAACUGGAGUUGAAAUCCAUGUGGGAAGAGUUAGAGCGCGUGAAACAGCUCGCCCGCGCAGCUGGUCAGACUCCCAGGAGCGGCCCCAACAUCGACGGGGCGACAUCCGGCCUACGUGGCAGCGUGUGGGAUAUCAACGAGAGGGGGAAUGACGCCACGCACAUGCGCGAUGCAUCAGCGGUCGUCCGGCAGUUGCUCACAAGCCUGGGGGCGCAGGAACAAUCUCCUGUGUGUCGAAGCCCCGCUGCCAUGCAGACUGUGGCCCUGAGUGCUAAGCCAACUCAGGCUCUCUCCGAGAUGAACAGCCAAGCACUCGCUGUGCCGCUCCAGCAAACGCUCGAGGUUCAGGGGGAGAGUACCGGGCCUCCUGCAGCGACAGCCGCUGCGGGCGGCAAGACAGGGCCCGAGGGUGCAGGCGGAACGCUGGUCCCCAAGAUUUCCUACGCUGGUGUGCACCUGCUGCGGGAUGGUUUGUGGCAUGUUAAACUGGUGAAGGACCCGAAGAACCCGAGCACCAUCAUGCUCGGGUCGUACGAGGACCAGCUCGUCGCUGCGCGGGCGUUUGCCGCUGCGGUGCAUGUCGUCCGUCGCCAUCAGCCUAUUCGUGGCCGGGUUUUGCCGCUGCAUGGUGCCGACCUCGAGAUACUGAAGGGUUGCACCACACGCCACGUGGAGUUCUUGGCCAGGCGGAGGGCAUGGGGUCGGUGGGAGCGAUGGCAGACGGAGAUUGAAGAGAUGGGCGGCCUUCCUGCAGAAGGGGAAGUAGGGGCAGCGGCGGCACAGACCAACGAAACAGCCGCGGCACAAGUCCAUGAUAGUGCCGCAACGCCUUCCUCUGAGCCGGAUGUGGCCCGGGUCACCGAGCCCAUUGCUGCACCAACCCGUGGUGACGUGGUGGCAGCUGCCGCCACCCCACUUCCAGGAAACGAUGGCACGGCGCAGGAAGACGAGGGUGGUGCGGCGACCGUGGGAAAUCAGAACCAGGAGAACACCAUCCGUGACUAA